AAAAUUUUGAGCUGCUAAAAAAUCUUUUCGGUAACACGAAAGUACAAGAACAAUCUUUCGAAAAUUUAACGGAAAAACUAACGGAUCAUUUCCAGUCGAAACGACAUGUGGUCGCUGCACGUUACGAUUUUUUCAAAAGGGAAAUGAAGCCACAUCAAUCAUACAGAGAGUGGGUAGCCGAUCUCCGCGGAUUGGCAAGAGAGUGUAACUUUUCGUGCUCAGCCCAGAAUUGUUUGCACAAUUUCGUGGAUGAUAUGAUUCGUGACCAAAUUAUUAUACGUACACCGCACGAUGCAGUGCGCACGGCUGCGUUCCAAAAGCCCCAGCCAACACUUGCUGAUGUUUUACAGAUUGCAGAAUUGUACGAAACAACCACUAAAACGGUGGCAACAAUUAAAGAACAAACGAUCGAAAACUCAAUGCCUGUUAAUUCAGUUGUAAAAUUCAAAUCAUGUUCUGGCUGUGGAAACUCUCAUGCAAGAGAAAACUGUAAAUUUAGAAAUGCUGUUUGCAAUAGAUGUAGCAAAAUUGGACAUAUUGCGCCAGUGUGCAUGUCAAAACAAAACAAGAACAACAAACGUAGUUCAGGUGAUGAAAACAAUAAGAAGGAUUAUCGUCGUAAAAGUCACAACAUUGGUACUGUUGAAACAAUUAACAGUUUAACAGGUAUUGUAAAAACUGAAAGCAAUAAGAAUUACAUUGACUUGGAAAUUUGUAAUAAAAUUGUGUCUUUCCAAAUGGAUUCUGGUGCAACAGUUUCUUUAAUAAAUAAGCGAACAUUCAAAACUCUAAAUUGCCCAAAGUUGCGAAAUUGUACAAAAACCUUAUUUGGUUUUGGCAAAAAUGAAAUUCCAGUGCUUGGUGAACUUUGCGUAGAUAUCAAAUGUGGCGGAAAAGAAAGGGAAGUGGUAAUCGUUGUCGUGGAUGUCGAAAACUGUAACAAUUUAUUCGGUUUCGAUUUAUUUAAAGAAUUCGGCCGACAAAUUCCAUUUUCGCAAAUGUCACUUUUCAAGAAAGAAGUCAAUCGAUUGACAAAUGCGGGUAUUUGGAAACCUGUGAAGUUUUCCCAAUGGGCUUCGCCUAUUGUACUAGCGCCAAAAGCUGAUGGUUCCAUAAGAAUUUGUGGGGAUUUUAAACAAGCAGUCAAUGCGCAAAUUGACAUUGAACAAUAUCCUUUGCCCAUACGCGAAAGUCUUUUCCAUAAAAUUCAUUGCGGUCAACAUUUUACAAAAAUCGACCUUAAGGAUGCGUAUUUACAAAUGGAACUCGACGAUGAAGCAAAAACAAUAAUGGUUGUCAACACUCCACUUGGGUUAUUCCAAUACCAACGUUUACCGUUUGGGAUUGCAAGCGCUCCAGCUAUAUUCCAAAGAUAUCUUGAGCAGUUACUUCAAGGCGUAGAAGGUUGCGGAAAUUAUCUCGAUGACAUCAUCAUCUCCGCACCUACAUUUCAACAACACAUCAGCCGCCUAGAACAAGUACUUCGUAUUUUGCAACAAAAUGGUAUAUUGCCAGAUGAGUCAGGACUAAAAGCAGUAAAAAACCUGCAGCCGCCUAAAGAUCUAAAGCAAGCAGAAGCAUUCAUGGGUAAGGUAAACUACUACCAUAAUUUUAUACCUAAUUUUUCGCAAUUAUCCGCGCCAAUCAACAUGCUGCGCCGAAAAAAUGUAAAAUUCACAUGGGGUACAGCACAACAACAAGCAUUUAUAGCUCUUAAAACGCAUAUUCUCAAUGCAGCGCAAUUAGCACAUUAUCAGGAAGAUUUACCGUUGGUUCUAGCUACAGAUGCCUCCUCCUAUGGCAUAGGAGUCGUGCUCUCGCAUACGUACGUUGACGGUACAGAAAGGCCUAUUGCUUUUGCAUCUAAAACUCUCGACAUUCAUCAACGACGAUAUAGUCAGAUAGAGAAGGAAGGACUAGCUAUCGUUUUUGGAGUCAAGCGUUUCCAUCAAUAUUUAUACGGAAGAAGAUUCACCUUGGUUACUGACCACAAACCUCUUGUUAGCAUUUUUAAUCCAAUUCAUCAGUUGCCGUCGAUGACGUCACAUCGUUUACAGCGAUGGGCUAUUAUACUAAUGGCUUAUCAGUAUGAUGUUCGGUAUCGUAAAACUACUGAGCAUGGAAAUGCCGAUGCUUUAUCUCGUUUACCUGUUGGUGAAGACAAAACUUUUGAUCAUGAAGAAUCCUGUUUCAACAUCAAUGAACUUAACACACCUAUCGACGCUGAAAUAAUUCGUCAGCAUGCCAAAAAUGACCCAAUUCUUCGCCGAGUUUAUUUUCUCGUUACAAACGGUUGGCCUGAAAAGCUAAUGCCUCAAGAUACGGAGUACAACCGGGUUGUCAUUCCAGCCUCCCUUAAGCAGAAAAUUCUUAAACUUCUUCAUGAUGGUCAUUGGGGAGUAUCGAGAAUGAAACAGCUAGCUCGACAACAUGUCUGGUGGACUAAUAUUGACAAAGACAUCGCACAAUUAACUGAAAAUUGUGAUGUGUGCAAAAUUGCAAAUCCUGUUCACACACGUGAAUACUUAAGCUGGCCUGAAGCUGAUCGACCUUGGGAGAGA